CCUGUGUCUCUACACUCGCUGAGGUAUGCAUUCUCCCUUACGAUCUAAUGACCUUACUUAUGACUUGUACCAUAGACUCUGUGUUAUAGGUACAGCUAAUGAUAUAGCUCCUGUGUCUCUACACUUGCUGAGACUCUGUCUUAUAGGUGAUCGCUACUGGUCGUAUCUCCACUGCGCGGUAUUGUCUGCGACAGCUACCCACUUUCGACAUGAGGCACGAGGUCGAGAAGCCUGAGUAGCGUAAAUACAGCCCUCGGGACCGAGCCGGCGUUGAGAAAACAGACAAGGCAGUGACAGUGAGAACAUCAGGUCCGCUCAAUUCUCGCCUCCAAACUUUACGAUCGAUGCAUGCUCUGGCUACAUACGUUGCUAGAAGCCGAGAGUGAAGCUUUGACUAAAGCCCAUUUGUGUGUUUUUCCUGUUCCCCGCAGCUCAUAAGUUGCUUUUGGUAGACCAAGAAUGAGCUGAACUCGGCGAGAAAUUUGACAUAUCGUUGAUCUA